GGCAGACAGUACAGUAGAACAACAAUUUACCAUCAAUGGGUCUGGCUGCAGUCUACGGUCGAAGUUGAGCCAUAUGUCAUCUCAUCCAGGCAAUCAAGGCAAUCUAGUGUUUUCUUCCAGCCUCGCAAACACACCCUAAGAACGAUGGCAGCAUCACCAACGUCGAGUCUUGACUCUGUCCUGUCCACUUCUCUUACGCUUUGCGAACGCUUCAUUUCGUCUCUCAGCCCUGAUGGCCUGGCUGAUUCGCCCGCUGAAGUCCCAGAGGCCCCUUCUCCACUACCCUUGUUAACAGCCGCGGCUACGGCUCUCCGCGCACAAGUCACCAAGAUUUCACUGCUUGCAAUUACAACCCCGUUCACUCCUUCCGCCCUCAUCACCUGCAUCCUCCCUUUGAACGAAUCCAUCCUGACAUCAUUGGUGACUGCGGCGCUUCUGAUCACACCUCGAACAUUUACUCUGGCCUACUCUUCCGACUGUCGUUACAGUGCUUCAGCUGCUCUGAAGGAAUUGCAAGGACUCUUGCGUCUGGUUGACAAGCGUGGCCAAAACAAGGACCCGAAGACGGAGGUGUCAGAAAGCGAGAAGAAGAGCUUUACAGAGGCGACAGGUCGAGUGUGGGAUUCCUGUGACAAGCUGAACGCUUUGGCUGCUGAGGAUGUUCCAGGCUACGUUGUGCGCAAGACCAAACAGUGGCUUGAAUUGAUGAAGGACGCGGUCAAAGAGUUGGAAGAAUGGGACCCCGAAGAGGAGUUCGACCAGGAUGAUCCCUUUGGGCAAGACUUUAGUGACGAUGACACCCCCCCAGAUUCGGAGGAGAAGAGUGACGAGAACGACAGAGCUGCUAUUUCUGCUGGCGUCAAGGACCAAGCGUUGAAAGUCCUUAGCCGCAUCCCACAGAGCAUCCACGUGGUGAUCAAACAGAGAUUAGAAAAUUCCAGACCCUCGCCAAGAUUGUCGGCAGAAAAGGUUACUCAGCUGGGGACAAUCAUGACGCAAACCCGCCAGAUAUCCGAGUUGAUUGACGAGUCAGCAGAAGGAAUGUACCUAGGCGAUCUCGAGCUGUGUUUGAAAAAGGCUGGCGAAGCUCGAGCUGUCACAAUUCAAGUUGUGGAACUGGUUGUGCCCUCCGACUCGGACGAGGAAACCAAAGAGGACAAGUACAUCAAGAGGGCAUUGGAAUGGAUCCAACAGGUCGACACGCGAAGAGGGUCGUCUUCAGCAAAGGCGAGCAAUGAAGGUGCAAAAACCUAGACCUAGAACUGAUUGAUUUCUAUGAUAUGGUAAACGUUGGAUACGUCAGACUGGUCGCGAUCGGUCAGACAACCAGGUCUCUUUCUCGAUCCUCAGCGAUCUCUGGACCCAGAGCACAGUGAUCCAAAUCCAAAUGCCAGCCCAAACAUUUGGUGCACCCCAACCGACUCCAUAGGCGAUAUCAUCGGUAGUCAGCCAGAUCGCCGCGAUAAUUGCAGCUCCGACAACGAUGGCUGAAAUGGACCAGAACCACAGCAGUUGCAACAUCAAUGCUCUGAACCUUGGCGAUGCAUUGUAUCUUGCCAUGGCUGCUUGUCGAUAGCGUUUGCCUCCCCUGCCGUCAACAGCACAGAUGUCUUCCAUCAUGGAAAACGUCAAUGGGGGACAUAUCGAGUUCUUGACGUGAGAGCUGAUUCUGAAUCUCAUUAGUCUCCAACCUCGUUGGGCAGCCACCCCAUUGAUGAGAAAGAUGGCGCCAAAAUUAAUCAUGCCGACCGGCAUUGGUAGAGCCAGGGCUUUGACAUUGGGGUAGUGUGGAAUGCUGAAGAUGAUGAGGAUAAUGGUCAUGACGGUGAGUGGCAUUGCCAUGACGUGUUGUGCACUGUCGAAUCCCCAUCGGGCAGCGCCAUAAAGUGGUCGAAAUUCGUCGGACUUUUGUACCAGGCGCCAACCUCUGAUGCCGACCUCGUAACCGCUGACGAAACCAAACAAACUGGUGAUGAUGGCGAAAUAAAUACCUAUUGCACAAGUCAGCUCGAUACGAAGGGUUUUCCGGGGCCACGGAUGUACAUACCCGAUCUGACAUUGGUUCCUUGACUAAAACCGUAGUAGAAGGCAAUCGGCACAAAACAACACUCAGCCAGACAUAAAAAGGUAAAUAUAAAAAGAGCUCGUUUAUGGUGUCUGAGGUUGAAGGGCAGUUCUGGUGGGCCCUGAAGAUGACGACCGUCCCGUGCCGUGACCGAAUUGAAGCGAGUGAGACUG